AUGCCACCUCGGACAUCAACACGGUCGGCGCGCGCGUCGACGAGGAGCUCGGCCGCGAACUCGAACGCACGCGCGUCCACCGCUGCAUCGCGUGCAUCCUCGGCCGCUUUCGAUGUCCCAGAGGAAACACCAGACAAUGAACUCCGAACGCAGGUAGCUGCAGUUUUUCGCGAGGCUCAGAGAAAUACCGCGACGCACAGGAAAUCGGCCGUCACGCUACGCAAGCUGCAGGAGGCAUGCUGCUACGAACCCACCAGUGCCAAGAAGGCUACGGCAGGCGACUUCGAUGAAGAUGACUUCAACACCGAAUUUAUUCGAUGUGUUCUGCGCGUCAUGCCCGUCAGGAAGAGCGAGGCCGUCGGCGAGAGGACAAUCCGAUUUGUUGGCGUGUUUAUGCGGCACUCCAUAGACAAGGAUAACGAGCUCGCGGGAAAUGUCGACGAAGACGCCAGCACAAUGCCUGAGACGCCGAGUACGAGGCUUACUUCGCGCCUUAUGGACGCUAUCCUACCUUUGAUGAUGGCCAAGGACAAGUUUGUCAGAUAUAGGUCGACGCAGCUCAUCGCCCACAUUGUGAACUCCCUCGAUGCCAUCGAUGACGAUCUUUUCCAGAAACUCCGCUAUGGUCUACUCAAGAGAAUUCGCGACAAGGAGGCCAUGAUCCGCGCCCAGGCGGUCCUCGGUCUCGGCCGCUUAGCAGGGAACCAGAUCGAGGCUGAGGCCAACUCCGACAGCGAUGGAGAUGAAGCGAGUGGCUUGCUGGAGAAACUCCUCGAGGUGCUCCAGAAUGACCCAAGCGCAGAUGUCCGAAGGUCCCUGCUUGUCAACCUACCGAUAUUGCCGAAUACGUUGCCAUUUUUGCUGGAAAGGGCUCGAGACCAAGAUGCCAUGACCCGGCGUGCCGUAUACUCCCGUCUCCUACCAGCCCUUGGGGACUUCAGGCAUCUGUCACUUUCCAUGCGAGAAAAGCUCUUGCGCUGGGGUCUGAGGGAUCGCGACGAGACUGUCCGCAAGGCGGCAGGCAAGCUCUUCCGUGAGCGGUGGAUCGAGGACUGUGCGGGCGCGCCGCCUUUGAACGACGAUGGACAGCCUACUGAGCUGCCUGCGCCAAGUUUCGAUGGUCUGCUCGAGCUUCUUGAGCGUAUCGACGUAGUCAACUCCGGUGUCGAGAACGGAGUUGGCCUGGAGGCUAUGAGGGGGUUCUGGGAAGGACGACCAGAUUACAGGGAGGGUGUGACAUUUGACGACAACUUCUGGAAUACACUUUCUGCCGAGUCUGUAUUCAUGGCCCGGAGCUUCAACGAGUUCUGCAGAAAUGAGGGCAACGGCAAAUACGAAGAGUUGGUGGAAGAGAAACUACCUGAGGUCACCAAAUUGGGAUUUUAUCUCGAGCGAUACGUCAAGGUCCUUACGGAUGCAUUGAAGAGGAUAGAGCAGAGAGAGGAACCCGAGGAAGAAGACGAGGAGGAGGACACCGUGGAGCAGGAGUUUAUUGUGGAGCAACUCCUGCACAUCGCACUGACUCUUGACUAUUCCGACGAAGUUGGCCGCAGAAAGAUGUUCUCAUUGCUCAGACAAACACUAUCCAUCCCUGAGCUUCCGGACGAGGUUACGAAACUCACCGUCAACGUGCUGCGGGACAUUUGCGCGCCUGACAAUGCAGGCGAGCGUGAGUUCUGCAGUGUCGUUCUUGAAGCCGUGGCAGACGUGCACGAUACGAUCUUGGACGAGCCCAACGAUAAUGAGAGCUUCCAUUCUGCCCAGUCCGAGGUUGACGACGAGGAAGAAUCUGCUAAGAGCGGAAAGCAUGACAAAGACAGCGAGGUAACAGAAGAGGAGGCUCACGCCAAGGCGGUCAAGGAAAUCGUCAUCAACAUGAAGUGUCUUCAUAUCGUGCAGUGCAUGCUGACCAACGUCGCCGGUAGCCUGCAGGAGAACGACCACUUGGUAUCCAUGCUCAACAAUCUGGUAGUCCCGGCUGUUCGCAGUCACGAAGCGCCUGUGCGCGAGCGUGGUCUUUUAUGUUUAGGUCUCUGCUCCCUACUGGAUAGGUCACUGGCCGAGGAGAACCUGACGCUCUUCAUACACUUCUUCAGCAAGGGCCACACCGCCCUCCAGAUCACAGCAUUGCACAUCCUUACGGACAUCCUCAACGUCCAUGGUGCUCAGCUCUUGUCUAACAACCCGAAUCUCUUGAAGGUCUAUAUCAAGGCUCUGAGGUCAGGCGCAAAAUCGCCCGAAGUGCAGGCCGUUGCAACCAUUGCAGCAUCGAAGCUUUUGCUCGGCCGUGUCGUUACGGACAGCGACGCCUCCGCUGAAUUACUCAAGACACUCGUCAUUGCCUAUUUCGAACCAGCAAGCUCGCAAAAUCAGAGCGUGCGACAGGCCCUCAACUACUUUCUGCCGGUCUUCUGUUACUCGCGCCCGGAGAACCAGGAUCUAAUGCGAUCAGUGGCACUAGAUGCCUUGCAUGCGCUGUACAAUGUCAGGGAGGGUCUAGAGGACGAUGACGCGGACGUUGACGACGAGAUGGUCAGUCUCUCAACCAUUGGUGCUUGCUUGGUGGAUUGGACGGAUCCACGAAAAUGUUUCUCCCCUGAUCUGGGUGCCGAUGCGGAGAAGAAGACAAAUGUCAACGGCGACAUUCAUCUUGAGUUUGCGAGGAAUGUGCUGGAAAGAUUGGACUCAAACUGCAGCAAGGAAGAAAAGAAAGUUGUUGCCGCCCUGCUCGGCAAGCUGUAUAUCUCGCCCGCCUCCACCGAGGAGAAGCUGCGCGAACUCUACGCCGAGGUCUCUGACGCUGUGGAGACCAACCUCAUCUCAGAUACUACAGGCCGCAAUGCCUUGUACAAGAUCCACGUUAGUCUCGGCAAAAUUGUCAACAGCCUCGAUCAGCAGAAGGAGGCGGGCUUCCGAAGGUCCACUCUCAGUCGUAGUGUGUCACUGGCACCGGAGGCGGCGGCUGAGGACCGGACGAUGGUUGGGCAAGAACCACGGAUCAAGGAGGAGGAUGAGGAGGACAAUGAGUCAAGACUGGAGGCCGAUGAUAGCAACGACACGGUCAAACCAAAGUCUGAGGACGUCACGGAAGCUGGCGACGGAGACUCAUUAGUGAGCGAGCUGCUGGACGAUGACGGUGAUACUAUCAUGAGCUGA